AUGCCCUCCCGUGCGAAGGGCCGCUCAAGGCCCAAGCAGAGCAAAACCUGCUGCCCAGGCAGAGUGACUGCACUGUGCUUGCGGGUGAGGAACUGCCUGUGGAAGCUGUGCCUGCGUAGCUGCUGUCAGCUUGAGAAGCCGGAGCCAUAUUGCACAGAGAUGACUGAUGUGAUCGAGGGCGAGCCGCCACUCUGCGAGGAGACAGAAGAACAGCAGGAAACGCAGAACGUGUGCAGUGAUGCCCCAUACCUGCUUGUGUCUGAGGAGCGAUACCGAGGAGGCCUUCCUGCCCAGGCCGGGGGCUGCUGCAACCGCAAGGGCCACCGGGUGCGCCUGGUGGUCAGCGGGUAUCACCUGCAUGGGGACAUUGUCCUGCACAGGCCUCCCCAGAGCCCACAGCUUGCAGAGCACACUGCCCCAGCCCCACAGAGCUCACCGCAACCUGAAGGCACAGCUGAAGUGGCCAGAGCAGCAGAAGGGCCGCUGCCCUCUACUCCGCCUCCUGCACAGCCAGAAAAUCUGCAGAAUAUGACAAUGAGAUUCUUGGAUCAUUCACAGACACUGAUUAGUCAUGUUAGUGAUGAAGGCAGCAAAUUCCUCAGAGGAUAUUCGCUGACAGAACUGAAUCGAUUGCAUGAGUCCCAGCAUCCAGGGAAUGCCCAGUGUGGUUUCCUUAGCUUGCCAAGUGUGUACCACCAUCCUCUUUAUUCCAGAUUUGUGGUCAUGUUUUCUGUCAUGUGUUCAUCUGAGCAGUAUCCAUCCAUAGUGGCUGAUGAAAAGCUUUUAGAUGCUGCUGCUGCUGUCUGUGCCUCCAAGAUCCAAAUAACUGGGGCACUUGCAAUACCAGUUAAAAUGUAA